UUUCUAACGUCAAAAUGACAAGACUUUCGCAAGAAGAUUGCAACAUUAUCAAGAACCACCCUCUAUCCGACCUAGUCGAUCGCUUACAAGGUGCACUUCAGGAAGCUGAAAGAAUAUAUGAGUCGCGUCUAAUUUCCCACCAUGGUGCUGUUGACAGCCUUGAUCAACUCUAUCAAAGUGUGUUUUCAAAACUUGUCUAUACCUUACAGGGAGAGGCUGCAGCAUACAGCCUUCGCUCACAGAUAAGUGAUGGAAAUGUGGCAUCUGAUCUAGCACACAUAUUCAAGCGCCUCCAAAAAACAAGAGAAAUUUUCAGAUACAACGACUACCAGCCACUGAUGCACCUGGUUAUUCAAAGACCUCCCACUGAGUCCCAGAAUGUCGAAACCUGGAACUUCAAUGUCUGGAAAGCUGUAUUUACCCUCAUUGACACCAUCCCUCGACAAACAACUCCUCCCGCAAGUGUCCCCCCUUCUUUUGACAGCACACCGGUCAAAUCCACCUCAACAUCACAGAGAGGUUCUGAGCAGACCUGUGACUUGGUGAAUCCAAGAAUCUUUGAGGAGAUACAUGACUGCACAUUUCGAGAUGUUGGUGGCUUCUUUGACAAAUACUUUGAGGGAAAGGACUGGAGCAGCAAAGCAGAUGCCAUCUGUCAACGUGUACUGGCCCCAGACACUGAUGGUAAUUGGGCUCAGUUUCCCGAUCCUCCUACACAGAGCAAUGUUCUCACUUGGUGGUUUCGUCUUCAAGAAGAUCUUCUCUUGGAAUCACGCAGCAUGUACUACACCACAGCAAGUAAAGCAGAUCUUACUGGUUCAAAGGCAGAACGGCAAGUUGACCUUCUUUUGCGAACUAGGGAUGAGAGUCCCUUGCGACCUAGGGAUGAGAGUCUCUUGCGAAACAAUCACAACUGGGCAGAUAUUCUGGUAGUCGGUGAGCUCAAAAAAUCCAAGGAGGAGAUCAAGACCAAAGGCACCCUGCUACAGAUGAGCCGCUAUGUCCGUGAGGUCUUUGCUGCACAGCCCACCCGGCGGUUCAUUCAUGCAUUUGCUGUCUGUGGGACUGAGAUGGAGGUGUGGGUGUUUGACCGCUCAGGCCCCUACAGUUCAGGCAUCAUUGAUGUCUACACAGACUCAAGACAGUUCUUUCAGGUGCUUGUGGGCUACACCAUGAUGAGUGAUGAGGAGCUGGGACUGGACACCUUUAUUGCUAGGGAUGAAGAUGGCAACAAGUCGAUAACUGUCAAGGGGCCUGGAAACUCAGAGGAAAGGAAGAUGCAGCUGGGUGACAUGCUUUCCUUUCAGCGUGCCAUUGUGUGUCGCGGAACCACAUGUUUUCUUGCAAAUGAUGGACAAGCAGAGGGUGUAGCUAAAUUCUCAUGGGUGUCAGACAAGCGGCGGCCGGAGGCGGAACUUCUUGAGCUGGCAAGUCAGAAGAAUGUUCAAGGGGUUGCCACAAUCAUUGGCUAUGGUGCCAUCACUAGUAUCGCCGAUAUGCGCUGCGGCCUGACAUUUGACAACAAGCGCCACAACUUCAAAAGCGCACCCCCAAGCACAACAUCCCUGCUUCAUCAUUCUCAACCACUCACUUGGCCCGGUUACUUAGAUAUCCAUCGAAAGACAUCAUCCAGGAAGCGCAGAUCCCCGGACAAGGGGCUGCAGACAUCCAAACGAUCAAGAAACACCCAGCAGGAGAGUGAAUUAUCUUUCUCCAUUCAGUCAGUGCACCAGCCAAGCCUCUUCGACAGAAACAGUGAGGAGCUGUAUGACAACCGUAUCCUCCGGUGCCUUGUGAUCUCACCUGCUGGCCGGCCGAUCUAUGACUACAGAUCACCCCUGGAGCUUCUCACAGCACUUUGCGAUGCAAUAAAGGCGCACCAGUCUCUUUAUCUGGAUGGGAACAUCCUUCAUCGGGAUAUUUCAGAGAACAAUAUAAUAAUAACUGAUCCAGGCAAGGCGGACGGUCACUCAGGCAUGCUAAUUGAUUUGGAUCUCGCCAAAGAAGUUGGGAGUGGGAGAAGUGGCGCACGGCACCAGACUGGCACAAUGGAAUUCAUGGCAAUUGAGGUGCUACUUAAUAUCGACCAUACCUAUCGACAUGAUCUCGAGUCAUUCUUCUACGUGCUUAUCUGGCAAUGUGCCCAUCAUGGUUGGUACAAGUUAAACCAGUUGCGGGUGUUGUAUCAGCGACAUGGCGGAUUGAGAAAUAGAAUGUUAGAAAUAUGGUGCGCCGGAAGUCAUGAGACAAUUGCAAAUACCAAACAAGGCAACAUUGGAACUGGUGGAUUUGAGCAUCUCUUCACAGUUGAAUAUUCUCCACCAAACAACAGUUUACUGACAAAAUGGUACACUGAUACUUACAGAGAGAUUGCAAGAAUUAAGCGAGGCGACAUGGGUGCAGAUGGAUUUGAGGAUAUUUUAUCUGAGUUUCCACCAAUACUUGAGUGUGUCAAACCCCUUUGCAGAGCUAUACGAGACAUUCUUUUCCCGUAUGGGGGCAGAGGAAUUAUCAUUGGUACCCCGCAAGACCCAAAAUGUUUAUACAAUCCCAUUAUCAAAGCGUACGACGAUGCGAUAUCUUUGAUUGGAGGAUGCCAUAGUGAUUAGAUAACAGAGACAGAGGUCGCGGGGCAAUUACUUUUUUGUUGUUUAAAUUCACACGUUGCAAUGGAAUAUUUCGCAACUACCAUGAUGUACCACUGUAGAUAGCAAUUCCAACCCUG